AUGGCCAACCAGCAUGUACCUAAUACCAUUGGGUGUCAGAAAGUGUUUGUUCAAAGAGACUAUUCAAAUGGGACAGCAGUUCAUUUCCAGACCAAGUUUCCUCAGGAAUUGGAAGGGAAGAUAAGUCAAGAGUUAUUCAUGUCUUCUAUCAAUGAGAUCAAUGCAGUGUUUGCUGAAGCUGAGACCCUGACCUGCUCUUCAUACUGGGAAGGAUGCUUUGCAUGUCUCACUGGAUUUUUGCUUCUCCUCUGCAUGGAAACCACUUAUGAGAAGAACCUGCGUAAGUUGAGUCGAACAAUUCAUAGGCUCAACAAACAAUGGUACGAGCAUGGCCUCCUUCUGUGCAACCCCAUGGAGCGAGGUCUUCGUGUGAUCGAGAUCGCCAUCCUUUCUCCUCCUCAGAAUAGUGGUGGGUGA